GAAAAGAGAGGAAAGGGAGAGUGAGGGUGUGCUGUUUGAGAGUGUGAGGAGGGGCAAGAGGAGUGUUCGUCCAAACGUAAGAAGAGAGCGGACCCCUCUUGAGAGCACUACUGACCAAUGGCAGGCCAUGCUGGACGCAGCAGACGAGAGUCAGAAACCGUUCUUUCAAAAACUAUAUGAUGAUGCCGUACAGAGGGAAAGGGAGGCGGAGGCAGCAACUAGAGCUACGAGUAUAGCUGCGCGGGAGGCCCUCCUACAGGUUCCGGAAGCCAAUGCUGACCGGUUCCAGGAGAGGCUAGCUGCUGCCGUCGCAGCCUUGGUCCGGCUGCGGAACUUGGAAGAUCUCGAGUCCCGUGUGACAGCACUUGAGCAGCGGAACCAAGAGUUGCAGGCUAAAGUAAAUAGCCUGGAACAGUCCCAACUGUCUGCCCCCCGCCCUCCUAACUCUCGAUCUGCUGUAAUCCGAGUCUCUCAGUCCAGCACAGCCCUCGUUCCAAGGGCCAACGGAACUGUGGCAAGUGCAGGAACUGGUGCCAGCUCCUCGAGCGGCAGCACCGGCAGUUCUGCACUGGUCACAAUCCCAAAUGCAGGAACUUCAGCCCAAAACGCCGCAGUUCUUACUGGCGUUCAGUACAGCGGUCCCAUGGUGGACAAGCGGGCGGCCACGCUGCCGUCCAAGUACGACGGGAAGGCUGACAUCACCUCUUGGAUUAGUUCCAUGAGGUCAUACUUCGAGGUCAUGCGGACACCGCAAGAGGACCGAAGUAUGAUCAUGGGGACUAAUACCGAGCCCGCCGUACGCAACCACAUUGAGCUCCAAGUUGUUGCUGCAGGCUAUGAGCGCAUAGACCCGACUGAAUGGCUGAAGGUUACCCCUGUUCGCGCUCUUGAAGAUGUUCUCCUUGACCGGUAUCAGGAUAAACACGCUGCGCUCAAGGCUAGGCUGAAGCUUGAGGCCCUCAAAGGCCAAACAUGGAGGUCAUCCAUGCAAGCUUUAGAACAACACUUGACAGGUCUAUUCACCACUCCGGAUCUGGGGAUGACUGACGUGUCUUGCAUGGAUGUAGUCAUGAGAGUGGCCCCUAAAGAAUACCUCUCCCUGCUAGCACUCAAAGAUCAUGCUACCUGGCGAGAGCUCAUGAAGGAUCUAGUCAACCUAGAGGCCAAAGACCUCGCCAGGCGCAAGAAGGCGCCGCUGCAGGUGGGAAACCACAACGCAAGCGGUUGGGAAGCAGCAACCAGCUUGCACUGCAUGACCAUCGGGAGGCUGAGGAUCAGAUUGCUAUCGUCUUCAGGGAAACAGGCAAGGGGCGUAGAGGAGUCGUCAACACUCUCUACAGCAAGGAAAGUUGGGCAGUCAGUUGCAGGCCCUUCCGAGGAGCCUGGAUCUGAUCAGCAGCUUGCUCUUGAAGUCCGAACUGAUGUUUAUUCCAAGGCUGGUGCAGUCCAAGUAUUAUACACUGAGCCUUGGGAGGAGUCUAGAGAAGUUGACCUCCACGCCCACAUGGAGCAUUGGCUGCAGCUCAAACAGCAACGCUGUGUUCAGGGGAGCGUGGAGUUGGCCUUCUUUAAACUACUCAUUAACCGCCGAUACAUCCGUGUGUUGAUUGACAGUGGCUCCACCACUAAUUUCUUCUCUCCGAACGGGAUUCGUAAGGCGGGCCUGGGUAUGAAGCAAGUGGAACUGCAGAACCCUUGCCGRACUYAGGUGGGCAACCAAGAGGUUGUCACUUUUACUCAUGCUGUCAAAGGUGUGCGCAUCACCUUUGACAAAAAUCGCACUGUCACACAUGAGCUAAAUUUUUAUGUCUUGGACAAAUGUCCGUUCGACGCGGUCAUUGGCUUGGGCUGGCUAAAGGCUCAUUGCCUAAGGACCACAUGGGCGGACAAUCGGUUCGUGGUUCUCGAUGCUGAGGGGAACGAGCGUACCGUCUUACUAGACGAGACGCGCGAGUCCCCUGUGACUCUUCUCAGUGCUAACAAAUUCUGCAGGUCAGUGCGCAGGCGCAAGGAAGCUGAGUUUGUACAUAUAGCUCUUGUAAAGCCUCUCCAUGUGCCUACUUUUGCUGCAUUUUCUACCUCUGAAGGUAACUCUACCUCUACUACUACUUCUGUUCCACCUACUUCUACUGUAAAUGAUCAAUCUAUUUCUGAUCCAAAUACUUCGAAACCGGUUGUGAUUGCUGUAAAUUCUCGAUCUGAUUUUCUCUCCCCUGAUGAGGAUGAUCCGCCACCGGAAAUCCCAGCGAACAUUCGCCUUCUAUUAGAUCGAUUUCCGGAAGUGUUGGCUGAACCGCGCGGAGUUCCCGAGCGUCCAGUCAAGCACAAAAUCGAAAUAAUAGAAGGGAGUGUUCCUCCAAAGCGUUGUGUCUAUCGUAUGGGACAAGGCGAGUUGGAGGAGCUGCGGAGACAGAUCGAUGACAUGAUUGACCGUGGAUGGAUUAGGCCUAGUGAGUCUGAGUUUGGUGACCCUGUCCUGUUUGUAUGGAAGAAAGGAGGCAAGCUCCGAAUGUGCAUUGACUAUCGUGGCUUGAACCGGAUCACUAGAAAAAAUGCGUACCCUUUGCCUCGCAUGGAUGAUCUGUUGGAUGCGGUCGGUGGUUGCAAGGUCUUCUCCAAAAUUGACCUUAAGUCUGGCUACCACCAGAUUGAAGUCGAUCAGAGUGACCAGCACAAAACCGCGUUCAAGACACGCGAUGGGCUGUACGAAUUUAUCGUUAUGCCCUUCGGCCUUACGAACGCACCAGCCACAUUUCAGUCCCUCAUGGACAAGGUACUCCGCCACCAACUUAACAGGUUUGUGGUUGUGUAUCGUGAUGACAUUCUGAUUUUCAGCAAGUCCAUGGAGGAGCACGUCAAGCAUCUUGAGGAGGUCUUGCAAGUCCUCAAAGAUGCUCAACUGCACAUCAACUUGGAGAAAUCUGAGUUUGGCAGGGACAGCGUCAUCUAUCUUGGGCACCGGUUGUCUGCAAACGGCCUUGAGCCGGAGGCAACCAAGGUUGAGGUCAUUCAAAACUGGCCUCAACUGGCGAACGUACGCGAACUGCGUUCUUUUCUCGGUUUGGCUUCUUAUUACUGGGGUUCAUACGACCUCCGAAGGAAACUGAAGGAGGAUCUGGUUGAACACACCGCCAAGGAUCCGGACCUUAGUCCCAUCCUUGAGCAACUUAAGGCUGACCCCAACAGCCAGCCUGAUUUUCACGAAUGCGAUGGUCUUGUAUUCCGCCAGUACGGGAAAUUUGAUCGCUUGUGUGUUCCUAACCAUGCGCCUCUCCGGACUCAUUUCCUGGAUUUGGUACAUGGUCGGAGUGGGCAUUUCGGCUUUGAGAAGACUUAUGGAAGUCUUCUCCAGCAGUUUGAUUGGCCGGGAAUGAAGGGAUCUGCUCAGAAAUUUAUUGUUGAGUGUCAAGUCUGUCAGAGAACCAAGGUCCACAGGCAUAAGCCUUAUGGCCUGCUGAGACCUCUCCCAAUCCCUGAUGGCCCCGGGGAAUCGGUCUCUAUCGAUUUCACGGACAUGGGGAAGGUGAGUACGGCAGGGAAUUCACAAGUCAUGGUCAUUGUGGAUCGCUUCUCUAAAUUUCUGAAUCUGAUUUUUCUACCUCCUCAUGCACCGACUGAACUGGUGAUCGAAGAGUUUCACCAGCAGUACAUUCUGCAGUAUGGGCCCCCGAAAACUCUUGUGAGUGAUCGGGACACCAGAUUCAUCAGCGAGGAUUGGAAGGACUUCACUGCCCAGAUCUACGACAUCAAACUGAACAUGACUUUUGGCCGACACCCUGAAGCCAAUGGAUUGGCUGAUAAUCAACCAGACCGUCACCCAGCUGCUGCGCGCAUUGAUUGUGCCAGAUCAGAACACAUGGGAUAAGGACUUGCAUAAAGUAAAGGGGUUGUACAACA